AUGCCAAACAGUCAGAAUGCAACAAUGGAUCAGGAAAUGGUUCGCAAUGCAACUUUAGAAAGUUUGUCAAUGGUGAAUGCCAACCUUUUCCUCAACAUUACAGAAAGUGAGGUCCAUACCAGAGAGAUGGGCGUGACUUCCUAUAGCUGCUCUUUUGAAAUGCCAGAUGAGGACUGUUUUCUUCAAAAUGCCAAUAACAGCAACCCCUGGACCAGAGGAAGUAAUUCCACACCUUCGGCCUACACUGGUCCAGCUUCUGCAUACAGUGGAGAAUACUACAUGUUUACACCAGCAUCCAAUAGCUCAUGUGUUUUGGAAUCAAGACUUCUGUAUCAGAAUACCACAAAGUGUCUGAGGUUCUAUUACCACAUGUAUGGAUCUGGUGUGGGUGAUUUGAUGGUAAAUAAAUUUUAUGAACAUUACGGUGGAGUGGAAUUGGUAUUCUGGCGGAGAUUUGGAAAUCAGGGAAAUAUGUGGCAUCUUGCUGAAAUACAAAUGUACUCGGAUGCUCUUCCUUUCAAGCUGAGACUAAAGGGAAGCAGUGGAAGUAAUGGUACAAGUAACAUUGCUGUGGACUAUAUAAACUAUGAUGAGGGACCUUGCUAUGGAACAACAACUGUUCCAACAACAAGACAACCAACAACCACCACUAUGACUCCGACAACAACAAUGCCAGGAAUGUGUGGUGGAAUAUUUGUUGGCCAGAUCUAUGGAGAAAUUAAAAGUCCAAAUUAUCCGUAUGAUUAUCCAAACUCUGCAUCCUGUGAAUGGAACAUAACAGUACCGAUGGGAUUUGUUGUCAAAAUACGUGUAAUGGAUUUCAACACGGAGAGUGGUUAUGACUAUGUAUACAUAAGGGAUAAAAUUUCAGGAACACUAAUUGCAAGGUAA